AUGAAAAGUUACUGGCUUAUGCAAUUUGAUACCAAUGCGCCUACUCUAAAGGUUUUGAAUGACCGUCUGCGUCAAGAUCCGCGUGUAAUCAAAUGGAAUACGCUCAAGCUUGGUGAGAAGCUGCGUGAACUUGUGCCACCGGGUGCCUCUGGUGGUACUACGCCAUCCCAAUCGACUAUGGGUGGAAGGACAGUCGACUAUCUCGGCUAG